AUUAUUUAAAGCACAAGGGUUUUAAAUGGAAUUCAACUUCUUAUUUCUUUUGUCGUCAAUUAUUGAAGAUCUAAAAUGAUUCAUGUGUAAUGUGCAAGUCCCAUGACCUAGACCUGUAAAGUAAUCUAUAGGAGAGAAACUUCUCUUUGUAAAUCAUUUCAAGGAAGAAGCAUUGACAUUCAAUUUGAGUAAUUCAGUAUGGAGGCAACACAUAUAGGUUGGAUAGUUGAAAAUUUUAGGGCCCUAUGCGAUUUUUGCACUGCUUGUUCAAGCUGCAUGAAUAUUCUGUAUUGGGAAAUGGUUAAGGGUCUCCAUAAGCAUACUUGUUGGGGGAUAGAUUUCUUAUUGCACAAUGUACGGAGGCACAUACUGUCCCGAUCAUUCUUCGUUUUUCUGUUGCUUAAACAAUAGUUGUGCCAAUGCUAAAAGAUAGUUACUGGUUUGCAUUAUUUUGAUUGGUACAGGAUCAAUUCUACAGAAUUGGUUGCCUGUUUUGGUGGACAGAAAGUUCUUCCUUCAGUUUUAAUAAAUAUAUUCUCAUAUCUUCUCAAACAUCUUUGUUUAUGGAUAUAUUGUCUGUUGGUGAAACUGCAGGUUACACAUGGCUAGAGUUAUCUCCACUUACCGGCAGAAAGCACCAGUUACGCGUUCAUUGUGCUGAGGUAUUGGGGACGCCAAUAGUAGGAGAUUACAAGUAUGGUUGGCAAGCUCAUAGAAAGUUGAAACAUCUGUCUUCGUCCAUUUCAACUGUGAACCUAGGUGCACGUAUUCCCGAGCAAGAAGCAGAUCCUUUCAGCCUUUGUUUAGGGAAUGGAAGUAUUUCAGACAAGCAGCCUCAUCUUCAUCUUCACUGUAAGGAGAUGGUUUUGCCCAAUAUUUCUCUGGCUUUGCAACAAGCUCGAGUAGUUUCAGGUGCUGACCUCAUAGAUGUUGAAAGUAUCAAGCUGGUUGCUCAUUUGCCCUCCCACAUGCAAAAAAGUUGGGACUGCUUGAGUUGUUGAUUUAUCUCAGAAUGGAUUGGCUUCUACUGAGCACUACAGAACUGGAGUGAGGAUACUGACUGGAGAAGUUAUGGUUAUAUUAUUACUUCUUUCUGAGAGAACUUGGGAAGACAUGAUGUUGAUUCCCUUACUCCUAACAAGGGAUAAAAGUCAGGAGGCCGAUAUUCAUGAAUGCGAUGCACUUGGGAGUAGUUAACAAGAUGAUCGCUGAAUGAAGAUGGUUUCUUGGCCUACUGAGUUCUGCUUUAGAGAGUGAGAGCAUGCUUCAUUACGCUGACCGUUGGCAGAAGCUUUAUUAUAGUUGGUGCUGCAGAUGUACCCUGGCAAUUUCUUGGCAUAUUAAGUUUUGCCUAAUCCACAAAUCUCUUCUAUUCUUUUCGGCUUGGUUUAUAGUCAUUUUAGAGUUUGCAGUUUAUAAAACUCUUGUGGUUGUAUAUUGGUACUUUUGAAGACCAGUUAUUCAUAAACCAGAAGCUUAUAUGGUUGGGCCUCAAUGGACUCGACCCAUAACGUGAAAUUGGGCUUGCAUGAAUUCGAUCCAUAGCCUGAAAUUA